AUGAUAUGUCAACAACAUUUACCAUUUAUUACUAAUCGAGUUAUUGCUGUUAGUCUUACGGAUGAUGAUAAUACUCCAGAACAAAUCAAUUUGUUUCUUUCAUAUAUAAAAUCAUUUAAUGAAUUCAUUCAAUUACGAUCACUUUCAUUAUACUAUAUUCGUUCAUAUGAAACACUAAUGAAAAUUUUAGAUCAAUGUUAUCAUCUUUGUUAUCACACUCAUUUAAACAUUUCUGAUUGUUAUUUUCGAGUUAAUCAAAUGAAUUUUCAAUUACUUGUCAAUAGCAUUUGGAGUCUACCUAAACUUAUUCAUUGUGAUUUUGCAGUUGAGACAGAAGAGCAAAAGCUUUUUUUUACACCGACAAAAUUCUCUUUAUCUCUUCAAAAUAUAUCUAUCGGUAUAAACGAACUUAAAUUAAAUCAAAUAAAUCAAUUAUGUAAAUCUACGCCUCGUCUUAAGCAUCUUCAUGUAUCUCUUGAUUCUUCUAGCUAUAGUGAUUAUAAACCAUUUAUUCUUUCAACAUUAAUUCAUUUGGAAGUAUCUAUGUUUAAUGUUGUUGAAAGCUUACUAAUAAAACUUUUUCAAAGUACGCCUAAUUUAUGUCGUUUAAGUGUCGAUUUAUUGUCUAACUUAAUUGAUGGUCAUCGAUGGGAACAAAUUAUUCGUAAUCAUUUGCUCAAACUUCGUGUAUUUCGACUUAAAAUGCAACAGACACCAGUAUCAUCACAUGUUGAUACUUGUCAUUCUCAAUUACAAGAUUUACUUGAUCGUGCACCUAAUGUUCAUUAUUUAUGUAUCCAUCACGAUGCAUCAUUACCUAUACAAAUGUCAUUAUUCAAAUAUUCAAAUACAUCAGUUCGUCAACUUAAUUUAACAGACUACAGUCGUUAUUUCAAUGAAGAAGAAUGUAUUAAAUUAAGUCGUUCACCAUUAGGUAUUCAAUGUGAAGUUCUUUCUAUUAUGGUUACUCAUCGUGAAAGUAUUAUUUAUAUGAUCAAAUAUAUGAUCAAUCUUCGGUCAUUACAAAUUCAAUGUGAAGAUGAAAAGAAUUGUGAAGACUUAGCAGAGAUAGAGAAGAAUAAUGGAUCUUGUGAUAAAAAAUUGGAAAACAAAGAUGAACUUAUUGAAUGGUUAAAAGAUCGUUUGUCAAUAACAUGAUCUGGAGGAUCAAUUAUGGCGGCAAGAUUAAGUGAACCAGAUAAUAACUGGAGUGUGCUAGCGUUAGAUCGUGGAAGUGCAAGCGAUUCAACACCACAAUAUGAAGUGGACGGCGAUCUUAGUGGUGUAUAUGAUCCAAAUUAUUUCUCGGUGCCACAAGAUUAUCUGCUGGGACGUCUAGUACGAAAUCCCCGAUAUUAUGGUAUUGGUGGAACAGCCAUGAUCAAUGGGAUGACCGCGAUUGCGCCUUCUCGACAUUUGCUAGAUCAACUAUGGCCAAAUGGAUGGAAAUGGGAUGAUCUGUUCCCUUAUAUGAGCAAAGAAGCUAUUGUUUAUACAACAUCAGGUAAACUAGGAUUGAAGAUACUUAUUGCCGAGAACCAAUCGAAUACACAUAAUCUAAUUUUUGACGUUGAUGUACAACAUGCAAAAAAUGUGCGGCACUCUCGUCAUAGUGGCUUUCCUUAUAACACUCAUGAUUGUAUUCCACCUCGACAUCGUCAAAUAAUAUUUCUUACAGAAUGGGUUGAUAGACACGGUGAAUCGGCUAGUUUGAAUUAUGCGUAUUCGUACAGUCAUGACAAACGAAUUACUGAUCCAAAGCCACCAAUUGACACUUCCCAACAUGACUUUCAUUCACCACGAGCGGUUUAA